UUUACUAUUUUUUUUUUAAUGACGUUACGUGCGAUAUGACACAAGUGCAAUUUAUGCAUUUUGCGAGGGAAGUAGCCUCUGUUUCUCUCUUUCACGAAGAAAAUGAUGCAUACAAAGACAAGAAAGAUAAUAUAAACAACAUUCAAAACUAGCAAAUAUCAUUAAAAAAAAAAAAAAAAAAAAAAAAAAAACUCGAUAGAUGCAACCGGCUCAUGCAAAUUUGUGCUUUAUCACGUUGAUAUAAUUAUAUAAAAAUGGCUUCGGCAAAAAUCGAAUUCGCAGUACCUAUGACAUGUGAGAAAUGUGUUAAUGCAAUUCACAAAAGUAUAGCAGACCUGAAGGGUAUUCGAAAUAUUGACAUAUCAUUGGAACGUGGUACUGUUAUUGUUGAAACAGAUCUAUCUUACUCUAUCAUACAAGAAAGGAUCGAACAAACUGGAAAACAAGCAGUGUUGAAAGGAUAUGGAGAUGGAUUAAGUGCUGUGUCAAUGCUAGGUGGGAAUUCGGGAUACAGUGUUGGUAAUCUGAUCAAAGGUGUGAUAAGAUUUGCACAAACUCCAGAGGGAUGUAUCAUAGAUGGUACAGUUGAUGGCUUAACUCCAGGAGAACAUGGCAUACAUAUACAUGAAUGUGGUGAUAUAUCUAAUGGCUGUGAUAGCGUAGGUGACCACUUCAAUCCAAAUAAUUCUCUACAUGGUGCUCCUGAAAAUGAUCUAUUUGAGAGACAUAUUGGUGAUCUUGGUAAUAUCUUAGCAGACACUACAGGCAGAGCUACUUUUCGGAAAAUAGAUAAGUUCAUUAAUAUACCUGAUAUCAUUGGUAGAUCACUUGUUAUCACCAAUGAUCCAGAUGAUUUUGGAAGAGGUGAUGGUCCAGAAUCUAAAAUAAAUGGAAGCAGUGGAAUUAGGCUGGCUUGUGGUAUUAUAGCCAGAUCUUCUGGAUUAUUUCAAAAUACGAAAAAGAUUUGUGCAUGUGAUGGCCUUACAAUAUGGGAUGAAAGAGAUCGGGCACUUGCAAAUAAUCAUGGUAUCAAAAAUUAUACAGGAUUGAAUGAGAAAAUAUGCACAAUGAUUUGAAUACUCUAGAAAAAUAGAGAAUAUGCUUCUGAAAAUUUAGUUCUAUGUCAAAAUUUAUUACAUAUUGUUGAUUACUGUUGAUUAAUUUUAAAAAUUUAUUUAAAUCUAAAUCAUGUUGAUGACAUUUAAUAACUGCAAUUUUUACAGUUUUCAUACAUAUUUUUUAUUGAAACUAUAAAAAUCAAAAAUUUCUAAACUAAAUAACUUUCAAUUAAUAACUUAUAAUAAACAUUUUUCGAAAAUUUAA